AUGAAUUCCCUAGCAAAGGGCCUUGUUGCAGACGCAGUCUCGGGAUGGGACGAUCUUACCUGGACACAUUUGAAUCAGUCAAACUACAUCCACCACGUACUCAGCCGUACUGAGACGAAGAAGCCAACUCGGACCACUUCUUUCGGCGGCAAUGGUGUCUCUAUGAAAACUAGUGACUACGCUUGCAUUACCGACGGUCUGUUCGUAAACAUGACAUUAGAUAUUGGCCCAAAGUACACCAAGACGAACUAUUGCAGCUAUCGCGAGUUCAGCGCAAGUUCUUUCAUGAGAAAUACACGCCCGCAUUCCCCUGCUUCUCUUCCUGGCCCCAUACACCUGGCUACGCUGGACCAGCUCACACUCUUACUAAUCCUUUCAGAUUGGGUAUGGAAGUCUAAGAACCGUACCACACGCCUGACUGAUAUGGACUCGUCUUUAGCAAAUUACUCUGGUCAUCCUGGAGAUGUUACCACGCUCACACAUGUCCUCUAG